UACUUGUUUUGAUUGCGCUGAAGACUGUGUAGAGGAGAGAGAGACAGAUGCUGAAGGCAAGGCAUGGACGCCUCCUUCUCCACUAUCGUCAUCAUCAAUACCUCUCUCUGAAUUUCUAAACCCUAAAAUUACUCAAAAUCCCUCUUUUCCUUCUCUUUACCCUUCUUCCUCUACCAUCCUCGUACUCCAUUCAUUUAAUCCCAAUCAACUCAAUCCCUUUUUGUUCCUUUCCUCCCAAAACCACUACAAAAAAAAAACACAAAAAAACAAAGUUUUACUGCCAGCCCUAAAUUCGGUAUGGCGGCGACAACGCCGGCAGCAGAAACAACAGCGGAAUCAUCAAUCAAUAGUCACUCACCACGUGUUCUUCCCUCGGCGUGGGCUCAAAUAGUCAAAGGUCCCGGAGAUUCGCCGGAAAAUCACGAAAUACUUUCGUCGGAGAAUAUUCCGGCGACUGAGAGCAAUGUAGGUAAAAAACCUGCUUGGAAUAAUGCCAUUUCUUCUUCUUCUACUCCUCCUCCGCCUUCGGGUGAUCAGCCUGUUGUUAUCGGCGCUACUGCUUGGCCUGCACUAUCGGAAUCGACUCGCUUUCCUUUAAAAUUGUCGUCCUCCGAUUCUCCCAAAUCAACCCCUGAAGUUUCUGUCCCUGAUUCUCAGGGACCCAUCACUUCACAUUCACAGCAGCCUAAGCAAGGUAACACAAAUCAAAUUUCUAGCAUGAAUAGCACAGCACCCACUAGGCAGAGAUCAAUGAAGCGCGGUGGUGGUGGUGGGAACAGACAAGGUGGUUUUACUCGAGGCCCUCCACCUCCUCCACCACUGCCAGCAUUUCCUGUCCCUGAAAUGCCGCAGAGUAGUUUCAGUAAAGUGGUGCCUGCAGCGAGGCCUGACUCAUCUUUUAGAGAGACAAGACCGCCUGGAGUGUUUGCAUCUCACCCCAUGCCAUCAAAUGAGCACCCCAAUCAACGAAGUUCAAAUCGGCGAGGAAAUUUUGGGCAGCAUGGCCGUGGAGAUGGGAGGAGCAAUUACCAUGGAGGUCGGCGUGAUCAGGAUCACGGAAAUCAUGAUCGUAGCAGCUCUUCAAAUUUUAAUGGAAGAGGUGCACAUGGGUAUCCUCACAGACCUCAUGGAAGGGGAUUUAUGGGUCCUCCAGUACAAGGGGCUCCCCCGUUUACUCCACCUCUUGUGAGGCCUUACGGGAAUGCCUUUCUUUAUCCUGAUCCUUCUGUAGUCUAUCUUAUUCCUUCCUUUCCGCCGGAAUCCUUUGGGGGAAUGCCCUAUAUCACCGGUCCACCACCUCCACCUUAUCUUGUUGCCCCCUCACGUGCAUCGAUAAUUAAUCAAAUCGAGUACUACUUCAGUGAAGCUAAUCUGGUGAAGGAUGCGUUUUUGAGGUCAAAGAUGGAUGAACAGGGUUGGGUUCCUAUUACUUUAAUCGCCGACUUUCCCCGAGUUCGACAACUCACAGAUAGCAUUCCUUUUAUAUUGGACUGUAUAAAAGAAUCUAAUAUUGUGGAAGUACAGGGUGAUAAAGUAAGGAAAUGUGAUGAUUGGAUGAAAUGGAUAGCACCUCAACCAUCAUCAGCAGAAUCGGGUGCACAAUCUCCUGUUGGAUCAUUUGAUGGUUUGACUACUGCUGUCCAGAGAGUGUCGUUAGAGGAGAACCAAGAUAAUACAUCAAGUUCGCUGAAGGAUAAGGAGUUGGCUAAUAAUUUGAGCAUAACAAAUAUGGAGGGUUCGAUUCAACGUGUAUGUUGAAAUCACAAAUUUCGACUUUUCUGUGAUGUCUAUAAAUCUGAUAUCAUCAAAAAUAGUCAUGCCCAGUUUUCAUCUUAUGGAGGAUAAAUUAUGUCAAUGGGUUUGGAGAAAUUUUUUGCUUGAUUUUCGUUGUUGUAACGGUGUAACCUUUAAAAUUUUUGCCAGUUGUAUGAAGCGGCGAGUUAAGCAAUUUUAGGUUGAAAUGCUAACUAUUUUUGGGAUAGUUAACUCGAUCUACUUGACACAACUAUUGAGCGUUUUGAUUGUAUAGUUUCUCUGUUACUUUUUUUUUUCUGCCAAGUUGUAAUUUAGAUAUAUUUUGGAGACAAGUUUCAUAAAACAGGAGAACGAUUGUCCUUUGUUUAGGAUGAAUUCAAGUGUAACCUUUUUUAAAAUGUUGGAUAUGCUUCACUUUA